AUGGCAAAUGCAUUAGCAAAUGAUGCUUUAUUAUAAUAAGAAAUUGAUUAAUAAGUUAUUUAGAAUCCCAAUCUAUCAUUUGCUCAAAAGAAGUCACUGAGAAAAUCAAUAUUAAAAGCCAGUUUAGCAAAUGCUCCAAAAAAUAGCUCCUUAUAAACAAUAUUAAGUGUAAGCAAUACAAUGGUAGGAUCAUCAUUAUUGGUAAUACCUGUGCUAUUUUAACAAUCAGGUAUUUUGAGUGCAUUAAUUGUGGCACUAGUAUUUUGCUUAAUAUCUUGUAAGACUUGUUAACUAUAAAUGGUACACAAUAAACCUGAAGAAUUAGAUUUGCCAUAAACAAUUGUUAGAAUACUUGGGUAGAAGUAUAACUUAAUUUUUAAUAUAACCAAUAUCAUAAUUUUAUACUUUGCUGGUGUCGUCUAUUUUAUUUUAAUAUGCAAUAUGUUAUACUCAUUAGUUUAAUUAAUAUGCAGGUCAUUAGAAAUGGACUAUGCUCCUAAAACUGAUUUUGUCCUGGGCAAAUUAUCAUAUCAAUGGUGUGGGAUUGUUUAUAUGUGUUUGUUAUUCCUUAUUAUGUUGUAAAAGAAUCUUACCCUAAUUAUCAAACUAGUUCAAUAUGGAGUAAUAUCAAUCAUAGCAUUGAUUAUUUAUAUUAUCACUAAUGGUAGCAUUAAUAUGCCAGAGAUUGUGAAUGCCAAUCUAUUCACUUUAGAUGUUGUAACCCUAUGUGGUGUAUUCUCCGUAGCAUUUAUGGUACAUUCUUGCAUAGUUCCAAUAAUGAAAAACAAUCUGCAAUAACAAAAUAAUUUGAGGGAUAUUGCAAUUAGUUUUGGUUGGACUUGGCUGAUUUAUGCUUUGGUGGGUGUAUUUGGAGCCAUAGCAAUAUAAGGAAAAGCUGUUAACCCUUCAGGUGAUGGAUCUACUGUCUUAGAUUAUUUGGAUUAGAGCAUAUUUUCUUAUGGAAUUUAAGUGUUGCAAUUGCUUUAACUAACAACUGUUUUCCCAUUGUUAGCAUUUAUUACCAGAUCACAAUUUUUCGCAUUAAUAUAUAAAUUGGAGUAGCCUCCUUAGAAGUGGUUUGUGUUAUACACAUCAAUAGUUGCGUUCAGUACUCUACUAUUUUAAUGUCUCAAUAUUAGUGUAUCUUUGAUAUUGAGUUUGUCAGGAGCUGUAAUUGGAUUUUUCUAAAUUUACCUGAUUCCAAUAUAAUUACAUAUGACAUGUCUUUAUGCUAAGAAGAAGGUCAAUGACAAUAGGAUUGGAUUGAUUAAUGAUUCAAAGGAGUACAUAGAGAACCCAGACGAAUCGAUAUUCGAUGAAAUGGAUUUCAAAUGCAUUGAUCAUUCAACAAUUAAGAAGAGAUUUAACAAGCAGACUAGAUUCAUUUUCUAUUAUAUCAUAAUGCUCAUAGGUGCUAUGAUGGGAUUCCUUAAUAUAAUAGCUCCAUUCUUCAAAUGA